AGCCCUCUACUCCGGUCCGUGGGCUCCGCCUCUCUCGGCACCAACACCCGAUCCCACGUCCGACUCCCCGGCCACCCCCUCCAGCCUGCAAGCCUCCUCCGUCUCCCUCUCCCCGGACCCGGAUUCCGUGCUAGCAGCUACCCAACUAGUACAAAAAAUGAUUCACGCGGAAUGCCACACUACUUUUAACCGGAGAAAAUAGGCAGUAUGUGUCUUUAGAGACGAGGAAAGUACCCAGUCUGGGACCAGAGCGCAUAACUUUGUUUUGGCCCGAGCCAACCGGCCCGCCGUGGGGCGCAUCGAGGGCAGGCCGAUCGGACCAGAAGAUGUGGAUCUGGUACCUUCUGCUUGGUUCUGGGUCGGGCUCAAGCAUCGUCGAGGGCCAGCUGCUGCCCGGGAACAACUUCACCACCGAGUGCAACAUUCCCGGGAACUUCAUGUGCGGGGACGGCAGGUGUGUCCCUGGCGGAUGGCAGUGUGACGGCACCCCGGACUGCCUGGACCGGAGCGACGAGAAGGGUUGCCCCAAGGUGCGGUCAAAGUGCGCCCCCACCUUCUUCGCCUGCGCCAACGGCAUCUUCUGCAUCAUCGGACGCUUCCGCUGCAACGGGUUCGCCGACUGUCCGGACCGGAGUGACGAGGACAACUGCACAGCCAACCCCCUUGUGUGCUCGGAGUCUCGCUUCAAGUGUCGCAACGGCCGCUGUGUGGACCGCAGCUUCCUGUGCAACAGUGAGGACAACUGCCAGGAUAACAGCGACGAGGAGGACUGCCUGACCACAGCAGUAGCCCCUGGACAGGACUUUGUGACCCUGGACUACCGCCUCCGCUACUAUCCCAGCAUCACCUACGCCGUCAUCGGCAGCGCGGUCAUCUUCGUCCUGGUGGUGGCGCUGUUGGCCCUGGUGCUGCACCACCAGCGGAAGAGGAGCGUGCUGCUGCCCCGCGGCGGGCGGAGCGGCUCGCACCACCACCACCACCACCACCACCACCAGCCCCUGCUGCUGUCCCGACUGGUCAUCCUGGACCGCGGGCACGUCGGAACCGGAGGCCCAGGAGGCCCGGCCAGACCCCCCCGUUCGCCUAGCGGGGCAGCCCGCUUCACGCAGGCCCCGGCCCAGGGACUGCAGCUGCUUUCCGGGGCCCUGUAUCCCUCCCGGGCCUCGCUGGACUCUCCUCCGUCGUACUCCCAGGCGGUGUUGGACGUCAGUCGGCCCCCGUGGUUUGACCUACCACCUCCCCCCUACCUUGAGGGCGGAGAUCUGCCCUCAGACGGGGAGCUGCCUGAGUACCAGGACCACCUCCCGCCCAGUGAACCCCUCUCUGCUCCCUCCCCAGCAAGGACCCUCCCCCCUGGUCCUCCCCCUGAUGGGGGCUCCCCCGAAGGGCCGGGCCGGUUGUAGCGGCUUCCCAUGUUUAUCGCUCUCCGUCUAGAUACUGUGGGACGGGCAGAAGAUCGGAGAGUUACCCGCCUUUUGAAUAAUAAGUGCACCGGUGUCCUGCUGUGUGCAAGGGGGCGGGCCGGGGUGUCCCGUCAUCCAAUCAGGUCGCAGGGACAGAACACUUCACGGGUUUUGCCCAGGUACCGCCUCAGUGACUGAGGAGCUGGACGGGAGUCAUGUUCUGUGUGUUGCUGCCCUCUGGUGGUGUUUUGACUGAAUGACAGCGGAGUUACACUCGUACUGUCUCAAGCUCAUCCUUAUUGUUCUCUGUGUAGUUUUGUGAGGCUUACUUCAUCAAUAACAUAAUAACCAGCACCUGCAUUUCCAAACCAGUAUGGAGAUAAACCUGGAGAUAAAAAAAUUCAUGGUGACGUCAUAGGGUCCUCGGAUGCUAUUAAUCACAGUCAGCCGGUUUUAAACUUAGCCUACAUUGAUGUAAUAAUGCUAAUAUCGAGUCUUGUCAUAAAUUUCAAGCAUCCCAAGCAUUUCAAAUCGUGGACUUAAGGAUUGUUUCCUUAACAAUCCCUCGUUUCAAUUGAAGACGAAACUAUAGCUAAGUUUAAAGUGUGUGAUUAUCUCAAAUGAAGACGGUGCUCACUUUACGAUCUGGUAUAAGCUGUUGGCCGCGGGCCGCAGAUAACCGAACUUUAAGGUAGGCCUAGUCCAGAGACCAUUCUAACCAGCAAUCAACUCGUAUUUGACGCCCCAUUGCUGUCUGGGUUCGAUGUUUGUAGAUGAGGAAGGUUCUGUAUAUAUUUGCCUUAGUCGACUGAAAUGGUUACACUGUAGAACAUGAAUACGUGUGCUGUAUCUGUGUCGGCCUGACUUUGUGUUAUGUUGAGCAGCUGUUGCUGUGAAGCGUUUCUCAGAAGAUAAUAAUAUUAUUUUUAUCACUUCCGUUAUUAAACAAUAUUGAAGUGUGGUAGAAGCCUAGUGGUUUGAAGAUAUGUGAGUAUAGGACCAGAUGUUAGAGUUUUAACAGACUAAUAAUGACCAUGAAUCCAUCUAUUUGUGUAUCUGUGUCCAGCAGCCAGUUUUAAAAGUCAUUCCGGUGUGUCAAAGAAAGAAACAUUAUAAAUAUGUUGAAGAAAGCAGGAGGAAUUGUGGUCCGUCUGUACACCGUUGAGUGGUAAAACUCUUGUACAUUCAGUUAAUACAGAGCAUUUAAUUAAUCCUCUGGGCAAUGGUUACGCAAUCAUUUUAACCACAAUUCACCAUAAAACACAACUUCAACUUUUACAUUAUCUAUAUAACAUACUGCGUCUUCUCCUUUAGGAAAACUAACUCCUGCGUGAAUAUUGACUGAAACCCCUUCUGAAGGAUUGAUAUGCAUAAAUAUACGUAAUACGUAAAUGUAAUUAAUUUCUCCUUAGGAUUCCCCCUCACCUUGUUCCCACAGGGAGAGACCAGCCUAAGAGAACUGAGCCGCUGAUGUAUUUUCUUUGUGCCUUUGCCAACAAAUUUAAUUCUGGCACCAAAAAAUAUAUAUUAUAAACCAAAGAUAAUCAUAAUUAAUCAGCCUUUGUUCCCCAGGUUGAAUGGUAACCUUUUCACUAUUGAAAAGUGUAACAAUGAUGCCUAUUGUUGUAUUACAAUUGUAUCAUAGUAUAACUGGAUACGUAAACUCAGGACAAAAUGUCUGCCCGGUUAUUCGAUUUUUUGGAAUUCACGAGAUCCAGUGUGUAUGAAAACAUUUAUUUAGGCAGUUAUUAACACUGUGCACUUUGUACUUCGAAAGUAAUAUAGGAAGUUUAUCCCUGUUCAGUGUUCUCUUUCCAUGAUCUUUUUAAAGUAAUAAAAUAUAUGCGUUUUUCUUUCUAUUA